GCCGGGUCCCUGGAGGCUGGGCUGCGCUUGGCAGAGUAGCACGUGUGCUGACAUCAGAUCUACUGCAGUGGCAGAGUAACCCAGACUAGCUAUGCAGCAUCUGAUGAGCAGCCUCGUGGGAUGCCUGGUGUCUCUACCACUACUGCUGCUGCUGGGCGGACUGCCUGACCAAUCACACGCCGGCAAGAUCCUGGUGUACCCGGUGGAUGGCAGCCACUGGCUCAACAUGAACAUCCUGCUGCUGGAGCUGCACAAGCGCGGCCACGAGCUGACGGUGGUGCGCUCAUCCAACAGCUGGUACGUGCCGGAGAACGCCGAGCACUACACCUCCAUCACCAUCCCCACCAGCCACGCCAGCAACCUAGAGGACCCCGAGUACAUGGCCUCCUUCCUGAAGAGGAACAUCGAGAUCCGCAGCAGGGACAAGUCCAUCUCGUCCUUCGUCGCCCUCCAGCAGGAGACCUUGACCUUGCUGAUGGAGGCGCACAACGCCUCGGCGCACAUGGUGCGGGACAUCCUCACCAACAAGGGGCUGGUGAAGUCGCUCCAGACCGCCAAGUACGACGUGAUGCUGACGGAUCCCGGGUUCGCGGGCGGGGUGGUGCUGGGCCGCUACCUGGAGCUGCCCUUGGUCUUCAACGUGCGCUGGAUCACCAACUCCGAGGGCCACUUUGCCAUCGCGCCCUCUCCGCUGUCCUACAUCCCCACCAUCGGCUCUCAGGUCUCCGACAAGAUGAGCUUCAUGAAUAAGCUGAAGAACUUGUUGCAUUACAGCAUUGGCAAGUACAUCGACUACGGCAUCACCAGGCCCCUCUACCAAGGGGUCAUCAGCGAGUUCAUCGAUCCCAAUCUCAACGUCUACUCUUUGAUGCAGGGAGCGGACCUGUGGCUCAUGCGCGUGGACUUUGUCUUUGAGUUCCCGCGUCCCACCAUGCCCAACGUGGUGUACAUGGGGGGUUUCCACUGUAAGCCCUCCAAGGCCCUGCCUCCCGAGCUGGAAGAAUUCAUGCAGAGCUCAGGGGAGCAUGGGGUGGUCGUCAUGUCCCUAGGCACCUUACUCGGAAGCCUCGAGCCUGGAAUUUCAGAGGUCAUUGCAGCGGCCUUUGCCAAGCUGCCGCAGAAAGUCGUCUGGAGGCACCUGGGGAAAAGGCCGUCCACCCUGGGAAGCAACACACUGGUGGUGGACUGGCUGCCACAGAACGACCUCCUGGGUCACCCAAAAACACGGGCCUUUGUCACACACGGAGGGACAAAUGGGAUAUACGAAGCCAUCUACCACGGAGUGCCCAUGCUGGGCCUGCCUCUCAUCUUCGAUCAGUUUGACAACAUGGUCCGCCUCACGUCACGAGGGGUGGCCAAGGUCCUCGAGGUGACUGAACUGGACGUGGACACGUUGACGAGAGCGCUGAAAGAGAUCCUGGACGAGAAUGAACCAUACAGAGCGAACGUCCGCAGAAUGUCACGGCUGCACCAGGACCAGCCCAUGAAGCCUCUGGACGCUGCCAUCUUCUGGCUGGAGUUUGUAAUGCGCCACAAGGGUGCCGCACACCUACGCACUGAGUCCUACAAGAUGCCGUGGUAUGCCUAUCACAACAUCGACGUCCUGGGGUUCCUUCUCGGUUCAGCCACGGCAGGUUUCUGGCUGCUUGUGUUCACCUGCAAGGCUCUCUGCAGAGUCUGCUGCCGGAGAAGAUCAAGAGACAAAAAAGCCAAAGUGCAGUAGUAACAAUUACAGCAUUUCAAAUCUCCACAUCUAGGGUUUGUGGUAGCCCUUUCAUGCAGAUGGGAUCGCCAGUGAUCCCAUUCACCAUUUCCUCAAAAAGCUUAAUCAUAACAGCAUUGCCGAGAGUCUAAAGUAAGAGAUUAAGACAUGUUCAUUACCAUUUUGGUGACAAUAAGGUUAUGAGAGGCUCUGCAUGAACAUGUGAAGAGAUCAAUGUCCCCUCCAAAAUUGAGCUUGAGAAAAACACCAGCAGGGGUGAAAAGAAAAUUAGAAGAUAGCCCUGAAUGCCAUAACAAUCAUACAAUAAUGAAGUGGUGCAAUUUGUACUCAUUUUAUUAACUGCUUGUUUUAUUGAUUUUGUACGGACAUUGAAUGCAUCAGUCUAAUAUUAUGUAUGUAAAUAUUCACUGGACACAAUCUCGUUGUUGGUCAACACAAAUAAGAAGAAUAUUCAAAAAUCAAAGUCAUAACGCAACAUAAGGCGAAUGCUGCCAAACAUCUCCUACACUUCGGAAUGGCGUGUAUGACUAUGCAUGGACACUAAUGGUGAAUAUCUGCAACCGUAAAAAAUAAAGUGCUCCCUUGGCAUCUCUUCUA